AUGGUAACACAAGAACUCCUUGUCGACGUACGCUCUCCUGGCGAGUUCUCUACCGGCUACCUCACCUCCGACAUCGCAUCUACCGUAAACAUCGAAUACCAAAUCAUCGACCAAUUACCAGAAAUCUACGCUACAAGAGGCAUAAAUGUAGGGAAAGAUGAUGCGAUCACGCUGUAUUGCCGCAGUGGUAGACGUUCGAAUAUUGCAUUGGAGAGGUUGAAGGAGCUAGGAUUUAAGAAGGUGAGGGAUAUCGGGGGGUUUGAAGAGGCGAGGAAGGUUUUAGAUCGCGAGCAGGUACAAAGGCAGUUGGACGCUGAGUUGGAGAAGAGUAUGGAUCAGACGGCCAAAGAGACAGGGAAAGAGGAGGACCCGAAGAAACAUGUUAGAGUCAAGAGCUUCGGUGCGUUAGUCGAUGGGCUGAAAGCGCUUGAGGAUUAA